AUGUCGAAGAUUCAACAGUCUUUGAAGUUUGUGAAGGAAAUAGGCGGCGUCAAAGGUGCAUUUUGGCGUUUCAUGCGAGAAAACACAGCCCGCAUUGGAGUCUUUGUUGGAGAGGAUAAAUAUGGUAACAAAUAUUAUGAGAACAACAAGUAUUUAUUUGGAAGAAAUCGGUUUGUGGAAUAUCCAUAUGCUGGACGGAUGGAGUACCAUGCUACACAAGUCCCCCCUGAAUGGCAUCGCUGGUUGCACAACAUGACCGAUGACCCCCCUUCCAAGGUGCCCCCAGUACCGAGAAAGUUUUUUUUGGAUCAUGAGACAAGCAAGACGGGAACGGAUGAGAAAUAUGUGCCAUACAGUACCACAAGACCAAAAAUUGAGAGUUGGACUCCACCAAAAGCCAAGUAG